CUCUCUCUCUCUCUUUCUCUCUUGUUAACACGACUGGCGGCGUACACUUGCCGUAAAUGACACUUGUGAAAUCAACGCACACAUUUUCACCGCUUCGAGCGAGCAACUGUAGAAAAGAGGGUCGUUGACAGCUAACGCGUGUGAUAAAUGUACGACUGCAUCCUUCGGUGUUUCCUUUCCCGCCCGCGAGUUUUUUUAAAAAGGGACACUCCAUUUUUCGCGUUUGCCCCGAUUUAUACACUUGUCACGCGUGAAUAUCAGAUUCUCGCGUGCCCGAUUUCGCGCGUCGAUUCUCCGCGGCUCGUGGCUCGUUAAUUUGGCGAGGAACACUGGAAAUCGUCGCAAAGAAUCACGAGAGGCAGAUAUGAGGUCGACCGGUCGUCACACGAUCUAAGAAUAUCGCGUGUGGAUCGUUGAACUUCGCUUCCUUUCUUUCCACGUGUCCACCGGCCGCAGAGAGAAAUAAAUCAGCAACUUUCACCGAACGCCCGUCGACAACAGUAACUCGUAAAACAUGUUGGGAGACACGACGUCUGACGAAGAGGGAUCGCAGGAGGAUUUGCCGCGAUAUGACAUUGACAAUCUGGAAAUCAUCAAAACCAUAGGUACCGGCACCUUUGGCAGAGUGGUACUAUGCAGGCAUCAAGGUACUCCUCUAGCCUUAAAAAUCCUCUCAAUGGUAGACGUGAUCAGAUUGAAGCAAGUGGAACACGUACGGAACGAGAUCACCGUGUUGAAAGAGGUCAAGCAUCCCUUCAUCGUGAACAUCUUGGUUUCAGGCUCUGGAGCGGAAGGGACGAGGCGAGAGUGUACAUGCUGUUAGAAUUCGUCGCCGGUGGCGAGCUUUUCUCUUAUUUGAGAUCAGCUGGCCGAUUUUCCGGGCCCACCAGCUGCUUCUACGCGGCAGAAAUUGUUUGUGCCUUGGAAUACUUACACAGCAAACACAUAGUUUAUAGAGACUUGAAGCCUGAAAAUCUUUUGUUGGAUAGUCAGGGACAUCUGAAAAUCACGGACUUUGGUUUCUCCAAGAAGCUCACAGACAGGACGUGGACUUUAUGCGGAACGCCCGAGUACUUGGCGCCAGAAAUAAUUCAGAGCAAAGGGCACAACAAAGCUGUAGACUGGUGGGCGCUCGGUGUUCUCAUCUACGAAAUGUUGGCUGGCUUUCCCCCAUUUUUCGACGACAAUCCUUUUGGCAUCUACGAGAAGAUAUUAAGCGGCAGGAUAGAAUGGCCAAAACAUAUGGAUCCGAUUGCCAAGGAUCUGAUCAAGAAGCUUCUGAUCGCAGAUCGAACGAAGAGGCUAGGGAACAUGAGACAAGGUGCUGAUGACGUGAAGAGGCAUCGUUGGUUCAAAUUAGUCGAAUGGCCAUUGGUGCCGCAGAGAGCUCUAACACCCCCAAUAAGACCUCAAGUGACAGCACCAGGUGAUCCAAGCUGUUUCGACGAUUAUCCAGAGAUCGACUGGCGGUCCCAGCCUCCCUUGCCUCCGGAACAACUGGCUCUAUUUCAAGACUUCUGAAAGAAACGUCAUAGACAGUCGUUCGCACGUUCGAAUCGUGCCAGGCAUUCAUUGAUUCAAAUUCGUUCGAGGAACUUCCGUGUCGAGAUUUAGAAUCGUCGAGUUAACAGCACUGUGAUGUGUAUAAAGUUUCGCUCACGUUUCAAGCGAUAGUACCUCCUUAUUUUGUACAUAGCAGUCUCGUUUAUCAUUUCAUUGUGCAUCUUGUUUAUUUAUUUGUACCGCAGAGAGUAGAUUAGGUAUUUUUGUUCGUUGUUUUAUAUUGUAAAUAAAAAGGAAGUUACGAAAAAGGAAAGAAAAGUGUAACGCGAAGGAGAAAGAGUAGAAGUCUCAAAACAAAUGCAUCUCACGGGAUGAAAUCAUUCGCGAAUGUACGUUAUUCCAAUACGAGUAACAGAAGCAAUUACAAUUUUGUAAGAUGCUAUAUGUAAGAUAUUGUAAUGAUGUAUCGUGCAACAGUUCGC